AUGAACGAUUUUAUCGACCUGACUGCUGACUCGGACGACGAUCAAGUCAACGCAAAGGAUCAGGGUCAGUCACUUUUGGCUAAAUUCUUGAAACCUAGCCAAUUUCUGCCAAGCACCCUUAAAAGGAAAUCGCCACACGACUCUGUUGGCAAUGGUGGUGAUGGGUUUCCCAAGGUGAUCAGCAAUGGCACGUACAAACCUGCUAGUGACGAGAUCUUCACCGUCAAAAAUGAGGAAACAAACCCCUUGUCAUUCUUUGGGAACGGAUCAGAUGCGUCGUCUAGAGGGUCGUCUGUCUCGCUAUCAAAGAAAGAGCAGCAACGCAGGGAAUCACUGAGUCUUGAUCCUCCCAAGAAGCAAACAUCUUCUUCUCGGGAUAGCAGCAAUCAAGCACAAAGAAAAAGGGCUAGCAAUUCAGAAGACGAGAUUCGGGUUCCCCCGUCAACUUCACCAGCACCACCAACAAAAUGUUUUCCUGCAGUCAGUGUUGUCGUCCCCGCGCCUACGUCCAAGAACAAAGUCGUUCUCAGUAUGAAGAAGUCUCCUCGAAAGAUCAAGAGAAUGUCUUCUGCGUCCCUGGAAAGCUCUGGUGAAGAGUCUGAUCCAGAUAAGCCUAUUGGGUUGAAGACAAAGUACUAUCCUCUCGAUCUUGACAAGGUCCGAGCAGCCAAGGGUCGAUAUCCUCAAGUCCGAACGACCGCCGCCCAGCAUGUGGCCGUCACCCCCUUUCACAGACCGGGAAACGUCAGGUCUGCGCAGUCCAAGCUCUUCUACUUGAGAGAAAACCUCGAUAGAAGAUUGAGAGCUAUCAAAGGCCCUCCUGUGACCAUGGCGGGCGAAUGGAACGGCACAAGUUUGGCUUCGAAUUUCGAAUUCAUCAAUACGUACAAACUGCAAAAGGGGGUGGCUAGGGUUCCCGAUGAGUUCAAUGCCGGGUGUGGCUGCGGACCGUAUUGUGACCCUGCCAGGUGCACCUGCUUGUCCCAAGAAGAAGACACCGAAGAGCGGAUGGUGGCCUAUGAGAGGAAGAACAGACAACUGGUCUUGAAAGACAGCUUUAUCAGCAAAAAAACCAUGAUAUACGAGUGCAACUCCUACUGCGGCUGUGGCAAGGAUUGCUGGAACCGGCUGGUCCAACAUGGUCGAACGGUAGAGCUGGAAAUCUUCCAAACCGGGAGCCGUGGCUUUGGCCUUCGGUCUCCUGAUCCUAUUGUUCGCGGGCAAUUUAUCGACUGCUACCUCGGGGAGGUCAUCACGUCGGCCGAAGCAGACCUGCGCGAGGAUGCGGCCAGUUCGAAGAACAGCCCGUCGUACCUUUUCUCUCUCGAUUUCAUUCACAUGGACGACGAAGACCCUUAUGUUGUCGAUGGCAAGCGCCUCGGCGGGCCGUCACGGUUCAUGAACCAUUCCUGCAAUCCCAACUGCAAAAUGUUCACCGUCUCCACGCACCACGGCGACAGUCGCAUCUAUGAUCUUGCCUUUUUUGCUCUCCGAGAUAUCCCGUCUGGCACAGAGCUCACAUUCGACUACAACCCUGACUGGAACGGUGACCGAAAUGAAGACCCGAAUGCAGUCAAGUGUUUGUGCGGUGAAUCACAGUGUCGAGGACAGCUAUGGCCGAACCAGCGCAAAAGCACCAAAGACGAUUGA